GAGGAGGAGGAGGAAGGAGGUGGCGGCGGCUUCGGUGGUAGCUGCCGCGAUCGCAGCAUCAGCAUCAGCAGCGGUUUUGGGGGGCUCGGGACUUCGUCUGUCUUUCGUUCCAGCUCCUCCUUAGCCUGUUUGUUGUCCCGGGCGGGUAUAAACAGUUUUGUUGAAAUCAUUCUUGGUAAUCAUGGCAGAAGGUGGAUUUGAUCCCUGUGAAUGUGUUUGCUCUCAUGAACAUGCAAUGAGACGACUGAUCAAUCUGUUGAGACAGUCCCAGUCCUACUGCACAGACACAGAAUGCCUUCAGGAAUUACCAGGACCGAAUUCUUCUGUUGACCCUGGCCUCAGUGUUACCAUGAUAAUAAUGUUCUGGUUGGCCAUUGCAAUGAUCUUGUUCCUAAUGAGACCUUUUAAUCUGAGAGGAUCCAUCAUAGGUGGAAAACCAACCAGUCCACAUAAUGGACAAGAUCCACCAGCUCCUCCUGUGGACUAGACUUUGUAUGAUAGAAAAUGAAAACAGCUAACACCUUGCACGACCAAAUGGAAGAAAAUGACCAGAGUACUCUUAACCCAAUUAGUACCAUUUUUCCCUUUGCAUUUACAGCAUAGGAUGGUAUUGUUUUCAUGAGCUACUAGAAAUUUUACUGUGAUCUAAUUUUUGCUUCCCAUGUUGCCAUCAUUCCUAUUAAGAGUAUAUUUGAGUAAAUGAUUUUUUUUCUUAAAGGAGUCACAUGGGAUUCUGAGGUCUCCAGACCUUAAACAUUCCACUUACUCUCUUUGUAAUGGUUAUGAUUUUGUGUGUGUGUGUGUGUGUGUGUGAGAUAAUUUCUGGCCUAAUUGAAGGAGAAUUGCAAUCUCUGCAUUUAAACCCAUGAAAUGGUUUUGAUAGUUUCGUAAGAUUGAUUUUUUUUUUUUGCCUAAGGCAUACUUUUAAAGUUAUUUGGACUCAUCUGGGGAAAUUAGAACCACAUUGUAUUUAUAUUCAACCCAAUAGUGACCAUUUAUAUGGAUGGUGGUCUUCUUCCUAUCCUCCAGACUUUUUAACUUCAUGGAAUUUUUGCAUUGGUGGCAGAAGCCCGUUAGAACUGACUUGUAUGCUUGGAAAAAGAAAGCAGAAAUUAAAUGAUUGUUUACUAAGCUUUUACUACCUUUCAUGAAAUUAUUUUACAUUAAAAAGUUCAAUAAAUGUAAUUGAUAAAGUACAUAAUUAACUGUCCAUUAUAUAAAAUAUUUGUAAGCCACUGAGCACUAGACUUACAAGGUUUAUAAAAGGAGAAAAUUUAACAAUUCCUGACUAUGCUGGAAGUAACCUAUAUCAUUUUAAUUUAAACUAUAAUUUAUUGUUUAUGAUGAGAACCUAUUAAAAUUAAAAAUACCUUUUGACUUAUUGGCUCCAAGUUUUUAGAACUGAAACUUGGAUUAUUGCUUUUCCUUUCUGUAAGCAUAACUUUAAAACUUUAUGGGUGCCUCUUUGGCCACUCAUUUUCAAAUACGGUUUUACUUGCUAAUUCUCUGUCAUCUUUGAAAAUUGUUUUGACUUCAGUGCUCUUUCCAACCUUUUAACAAACCUUUAUGAAUCCUUUGUUGAUUCACAGGAAAGAUAUGGCAGAUGGGGAAGAAUGAGAGAUGCUUGCUCUCUCCCCUUACUGUGUGGGUCCUAUUUUAGCUAAUUGGAGGAAUGUUUGUGGAUAUUAAUUUAAGAGCAUUUUUGAAAUGUACAGAAAAAAUAAAGUUGUAUGUUUUUCUUGGUCAGUUUGGAAAAAUGAGUGAGAAUAAUAUAAAGAAUAUGUGUACAUGUCCUACUUGGCUAUGGAAUUUUUCCUAGUGAAUGAGAACAACUUAUGGGGAUCUGGAAUGUACACUGCUAUUCAGUAUAAGACUUUUUUCAUCAUAAAUGCAAAAUCAGCAUAGCCUGUCAUUGUACAGAUCUUGCACUUGUAUAAGUUGAAUAAACUUCUCUAUAUCAUUGUACUGUGUAAUACAGUCUCUGAUAUAGUCCUGUGACACUUAAGGGAGUAUUUUUUUUUAAAGAUUGCAUUUUAGGCCAUCUACACUAUGUAAGGUCAUAAUUUUAAAUAUACAAUCUGAUAUUCCUAACUUGAAUUCUUUUUUGUACAUCUUAGUUUUCUGACCAACUUGAUGAAUUAAUAUAACCAACUUCUACUUACUUAUGCUAAUAGAGGGGUAUCAUAUCCCAGGAAGUUAAAUACUGGAAGUCUUAAUCCCCCAAAAUAAUGGUUUCCCUUAGCUGUGAUCCAUUAGACAAUCAAACUCUACUUUCCCAGCUAUACACUUAUAGAGGAUGAAUCAGGCAGGGUAGCAGCACCUUAGAUGAAAGGUGGGGACCCUUGUACCCUCAGUUCUGAAAACUCUGCCCCUUCAUCUCCCCCCUCUUCCUCCCAGUCUCCAUAUCCUCUAAGUUGCUGGGAAGCCUGCUGUUGGCAGAUAGAAUGCAUACAGUAUUCCAGCAGCACACAAAUAAUUGAGAGCUGACUGCAGUUUGGAACAGUUUUAAGUAACAUAGUACCAGACAGUCUAGAGUCAGCCUUGUGCCCUUGUUUCUUGUUUCUAUGCCAAGACCUUACGGCCUUGUUGCUGGUAUUUAUUUGGUAUCUGAGCUGAAGCACGUUUGUGGUUUUUUUUUCUUUUUCUUUGUAUCAGGUUACUUAUCUACAAAUUAUUAACAGUAGUUCUUAUCUUCACAGAGUAUUGACUCUAAUUGUGUUGCUUGUAAAAUUCUUCAGCACCUGUGAUAGAGUGAGGUAACACAGACCAUUCAUAAAACAGCAUUUUACAAUGCAACUAACACAACCCUUAAAGCUUUGGAAGCAUGAUUGAUGCCUUUUUGUUGAACAAACUAGUAAGUCAUUUGCCUUAUAAGCAUUAGCUUAAGACCAUCACUACAAUGCUUUUAAAAAAAAUUUUUUUUAAUAGUCUGGAAAAAAAAAGAUUAGGGCCCCAUCUUUUAAAAUCACCAGUGGCACUUAAACACUGCAAAUAGUAUGUUAUUAAGAGAUCAUUUUGUUUGUUACCACAUAAUUAUUUUUAUUUAUGCAAAACAAUACUUUUGGCUUUCAUAUUAGAAAAGCUAAGUUGGAAAUGUUUUGUAGUGAAAUAUUUUAUGAUGUACCAGGCCAUGAUCCCAUGUUCAGCAAGUCGCAUUUUUAAACUUGCAAAAAUUCUCUGAAGUAACUAUCAGUCACAGCCUAUCACAAGGUUACUUUUGGUGUCUUUUGUGAUUUGUGAAUUGAAAGUGUACCAUCGUGUUUAUAUGGAAUUUAUAUAGCUCACAUUUUAGAAGGAACCUUGGAAGAUAUUAAAUAUUAAAUAAAAGUGUUUCACUAUUCAGAUCUGUUUAAAAACAUUGCCAGCUGAAUUCUUAAGGCAGGAAUUCCAGCAACCUGAAGACGCAAUGAAGAGAGAGUUAACAGUUAAUGGAUUAAAUCUUUGUUAUUGCAGUAGUAGGUUUAGUCUCUUAAUAUAUUAUAUUCUUAAAUGAAGAAGAAUCAUGUGUGUUCGUUAUGUCUGAAGAUCACUUUGUUUAAAAAACAAACAAAAAAAGGAAAAGUUGUCAUGUGAUGUACUAAAUGUUAAUUGCUGGUUUAAAAUGUCUAAAUUAUGCCAAACAAAUCAUGUCUGUGCCAUCCAGGGUUUCCUGUUAAUCUUUUAUUGAGUACUUGGAUUGGGGUAAAGGGCUUGUACUAUGCACUUUUUAUUAAUGAAUAAAUAGAAGACAUUAGUAA